AUACCCUACCUAGUAGCUUGAGCUAGAGUGUAUGUAAAAAAAUUCGCCAUGAAGCAAAUGCAAUUUUUUGCUUGAGCAAAGAAAAUUGCUAAGCAAUCGGCACAUGAGGCCUCUGUCAGGUAUGAUAAACGUGUUCUACUAUUCAUAAAAUUUCAAUUUUAUUCACCCAUAUUUCAUAUUAUUUCAUUAAUGCAAUGCAUUUAUCAUUUGAGCUUUACGGAUAUAAACGGGCCACUGAUAAUAGUCAUUACAUUGAUGGCAAGCAAAUGCGUACGUAACCAUGUUCGUGGUAAAGUCUUUAGGUUGGUGCGUUUGUGCGCUCACUUACUACGAACUGCAUUAAUGCGCUGAAUUAUGUACGUGGUUGUGUAUCUGAAUUGAAAUACAUAAUAGGGGCGCUUUAGGUGCGUUGCGGUGCAUCUAUUUGUCUGCCUCGCUCUCUCUCAUGUUAUGAUGCGGUUACUUCCAAACGGAUUUUGGCGGUGCAUGUUGCGGCGCUCGUGGUGUCCGAACAAUACUAGAACUUAUUGAAAGGAUUCUGCAAUGAAGCAAUGUUUCAGAAUGUGUCAUAAGUCAUUGUUAACAUUUCAUAAUGUGCGAGCUGCUGUGGCUAUCAUUUUAUUGGCUAUUAAUUCGAUAGAAUUAAUACGUGCCCUAAUUAUCGUUGAACCGGAUAAUGUAAAUAUUACUUCAUCGGUUAAUAGCGAUAAUAAUUCGUCUUAUCCCGAAUUUCAACGGUUGGAAGCAAAUAAACGCACGGAUCAUAUUACCAUUGUGAUUGGUAAAACGACGCUGGCAAAUGCCUGGGCAGCCAUAAGCUUAACGCUUAUGUUAAUGUGGUAUCAUCGGGUUGUUGAGUUGAAAAAGUCAGUGGAAUUUUUGUACGUUAGCUGCACGAUGUCUACAUUAAUAUUUAUUUUACGCAUUUACGAAUUGGUUGAAAUUAUUUGCUACGAAUCCGUUUGGGAAUUGGAAUCCUCUCUACAAACAUUUUCUGCUCUCUGUGUAUUGAGUAUUGGAUUUAUCGAUGGCUUUACUGUCUAUAAAGAGCGCUAUCGUUCCGAUUAUUGCGAAGAUUACGAACGCAUCGGCUAUAAGCACACUUUAGCAACAUUUUAUUCAAAAGCUUUCUUUUGGUGGCUAAUGCCGUUACUGUGGCGGGGUUCUAAGAAGCCUUUAGAGCUGGAGCAUUUGGGACAAAUGCGAGUAGAGGACAGUGCUCGUGCACAUUAUGAUCUUUUCUUGUUAACGUAUAAAACCGCGAAGGUGAAAAAUGACGAUAAGACGCCUUCAUUGUGGUCGUGUUAUUUAAAGAGCAGUUGGCGUACAUUCAUGCUAGGCGGACUACUCAAGCUUUUUGGAGAUUUAUUUUCGAUAAUUGGCCCAUUGGCAAUACAACAAAUUGUUCAAUAUAUUGAGGUGAUGUAUGACUUGCAUCUCAACGCUUUGCAAAGACAAAUGAAUAAUGGCACUAGUGGCCCUGGUAAGGUAUCAAUUACUGCAGAGAAACCAUUAUUUGCUUUAAAUAAUGUUAAAGAAUGGUUCAAUGCUAGUACAGAUAAUGAUAGCAAUCAUAUAAUCGGUACAAAUUCAACUGUUGAACCUAUGUUAAAUUUGUACAUUAAUGCAGCAACAAUGAGCAACAACUUUAGCAUGGAUAGUGUUAACGCAAGUAACAGCAACUUUACUCAAAUAUAUAAUCAAUUGUUGAACGUCAUUCAUUAUAAUUCUGAUAACGACAUUAGUAACAACAGUCGACCGAUUGCUAUGGCUACUGAAAUAAAAUUUUUCCACGCUACAUGGCUAGAUUUGCUGACGAAUGGAUGGGCAAUUGCCUGGAUUGUCUUACUCGCCGCUUUAGCCCAGGGUGCAUUAUCGCAAGCAUCUACCCAUAUACUGAAUAUGACUGGUUUGUACAUUAAGACAUCGCUACAAGGUUUAAUAUACCGUAAAACGUUACUGUUAAAUUCCGAAUGCAUCAACAAUGCCAACACUUCAAUUAAUGCUUGGGCAGCAUGCAUAACGAGAGAAACAGCAUCCGGUCGAAAUAGUCUUAAAUGCAACCAUGACAAUGUCAUGUGUAAAUUAUCGAAAGACAAUAAGCAGCUGAAAAUGAACGUUUCAACAACAACAACAACAACAACAACAAAAGCAACAGACAAAGCUGAUGAUUGCAGUAUAGGGAGCAAAGGUACCGAUAAUAGUAAGGUUAAGGCUGAUGGUGCUGUAAACGAUGUUGGUGCCAUUACAAACCUAAUGUCCGAGGAUACAUUAAAUAUAAUGUCAUUCUUUUGGAUAGCACAUUACGUAUGGGCAAUACCAUUAAAAAUUGCUGUCGUCAUGUAUUUAUUGUACUUGAAAUUGGGUAUUAGUGCAUUAAUUGGAUCGUUUGCCUGCAUACUGACCAUAACACCAUUGCAAUUUUUAAUAGGUAAAGCAAUGUCUAAGAACAUGGAAAUUAUGGCGAAAUGUACCGAUUAUCGCUUGAAAAGAUUGUACGACACUUUCUUGGGCAUAAAAUUGAUAAAACUGAAUGCCUGGGAUAAGAUCUUCAUUAAAACUAUAACCGAGGCACGUAACAAGGAAUUAAUUUAUUUAAACAGAGACUCAUUGUAUUGGACUUUAUUGACAAUUUUAACGCACACUUGCACCGUAUUGAUUGUGUUUAUUACACUGUCGGUGUAUGUGUACUUCGAACCAUCAGAUAAUUUGGGUGGUCGUCAAGGCUUUACCGCCAGCCGGUUGUUUUCGGCUUUAGCUUUAUUCCAGCAACUCACGGUUCCUUUAUUAAUUUUCCCCGUCACGGUGCCUAUUGCGUUAUCGGCUAUGGUUUCAACGAAACGUUUGGAACGCUUUUUGGCCGCGACCGAAAUUGAAAAACAAUUUGAAGGUAUCCGUAAUAUGGCUCGAAUUUUAAGUAAAAGUGAUGCCUCAUUGGAUGUGUAUGAAAUGCAUGGCAAAUCCAGUUCCUUACCAACGAAUUGUUUAAUAACCCAGCCUUCCGGUUCUGCAGUAACAAUAGAAAAACAAAGAAUUAAUUUUAAUAUACCAGAAAAACCCGCUCCAUUAGCGAAUUCGGAGCCUCAAACUCCAUUGAGCUCAGCCCAUGGGCCAAAAGAAUUUUUCUACGAUGUUGAUCAUAAACGUAUAACCAGCAUACGUGUACGUAAAGAAUUGCUUCGAAAUACUCCGUAUGUGGUUAUAAGACCUAAAAAAUUACAUGCUGUAAUUACUGUAGCUGGCAGUAAAGAGAAAACUUUACCUUCAAGUGGUCAUAAGCAAACGGACUCUUGGCACAGGGAUUCGCUAUUGCUUAAAAUGCCCGAGAACGUAGCAGUCUCUGUCCAGGAUUGUAAAUUUUCAUGGAAUCUUGAGAAAAUUGAAAAUGUGUUAUACAUAGAUGAGAUGAUGGUGCCUAAAGGUAAAUUGACAAUGAUUGUGGGCAAAAGUGGAAGUGGAAAAUCUUCUUUGCUUUCCGCCUUGCUAAUGGAAAUGCCUUUAGUUGCAGGAGACAUGAUAUGGAAUAAAAGCUCAACACUAGCUUUCGUGCCUCAGCAACCUUGGCUUCGGAAUGCUAGUAUACGGGAGAAUAUAUUAUUUGGUGAAGAGUUUCGUCCAAAACGUUACGAUUGUGUUUUAGAAACAUGCGCUUUGAAGUUAGAUAUAGCAUUGAUGCCCUCCGCUGAUCUAACGAUGAUUGGCGAAAGAGGUGUUAAUCUAUCAGGCGGCCAAAGGCAAAGGAUUGCCAUUGCACGAGCAUUAUAUUCAUCGGCCAAUGUAGUGAUAAUGGAUGACCCUUUCUCAUCGUUGGACAGUAAGGUGGCAGAUCACGUUUUUGAGCAAAGUAUUAAAAAAAUGCUUUCAAAAGCCAAUCGCACUGUCAUUUUAGUGACACAACAACUGCAGCUUGUGCAUCAAGCCGACUAUUUAAUUGUACUGAAUGAUGGUUGCCUACAAGCUUCCGGCAGUUAUGAGGAUAUUGAAGUUACUCAUCCACACAUAAUUGCUGAAUGGAAUUCAAUAAUUGCUAAAUCCAUUGAAGAAGAAGAGAAACGACAACAGCAGGAGAACAAUCUUCUCGAUGAUGCCUUUGGUGCGCAGACACGUACUGCAAAAGAACGUUGGAACUUGUUCAGAAAUGUUGCCAAAUUUGCCUUACAAAGUCCUACUUCAGGACCGUCAUCAAUGUGCUCAUGUAAACAUGAUUCCGUGGAUGGAAGAUCAAUUAUAGAGAGCGCGACAUCACAUGAAAUCUUGUCGGAAGAAAGUGAUGAUGACACUUUCACGCGUUUCCAAAAUGGUAACUCAUUCAAAGCUCAACGCUCUUUGUCGAUUGUGUACAGUUCACGUCAUUUGAUGUAUGAUAUUCCGCUGCCCAUUGACGAAUGCCAAAUGGAGAACACUGUCUUAAGAUCUAAACGUCGCACCAACAGCCAAAGUGAAAUCGGUGAUUGUCGACGAAGUUUCAGUAUUAGUAAUACAUCCAAAGAAUUGCGACAAAGUGCUUUAGGAAAUAGUUACAGCCGUUAUGCGACUAAACGAGAUGAUGUUGAAAAACGUUUGUCAACUCAACAAGUAUCGCCCCUCAUUAAGCAAUUAGAAGAAGAAGAAGAAGAAGAAGAAGGAAACAGGGCAACCGAUGCUAAUUUAGUGGCAGAUUUGGUGAAAUCAACGCAUUCUAAUGGCGGUUUCCAGCAAUUCUUGCAACGCAUGUCUACGAGGAAAUCUUAUAAAGAGGUGACGAAUUCCGGAAGACGUCGUAACCGUUUGCCCCGCCACUCUGCAGAUAGUGGGAUCUUGAGCAUUUCUGAGGAAUCUUCUGUCUUCACUCCUGCGAGUAUGCCGCCAUUGCAAGUAAAUAAUUUGACAUCGGAAACUAACAUAGAAAGAAACCAAGAUUCGAAUUCUUUCAUUAAAAGUGGAGAAGGCACUCAAGAUAACCCCGAAAUAUUAGCAAACACUCCAAAAGCAAUGGUGAAAAUGGGCACAACAACAACAACAACAACAACAACAACCACAAUUACAAAGCCAUCAUGGACACUCGAUAGUACGGAUGCUUUUAGUGCUUCGCAAAGCACGGUGGCCAGCACGGUAAAUCGGCAAAGCAUAAACGAAGCAACGACUGUAAAUGAUUGCGAACGAAAAUAUGGUCAAAUACCGGCGGAAAUAUAUUUGUUGUAUUUGCGAGCAUCAGAUUAUUCAAAAGUUUUCAUAUUUUUCAUUGCUGCGCUAAUUUGGCAAAGUUUGCGCGUUUACACGGACGUCUGGCUGCAGCAAUGGAGUGACAGCAGCACACCAACCCUAUUAACAUCAUUGAAUAUGUCCGCAAAUGUAUCUUCUAUAGAACAAUUGAGUAUAGCUUCUACAAAACACAUCAUUCCCAUCACUACUACUAGUACUACUACUACUACUACUAUGACCUUUUCAACAGCAGCAAAAGCAAUGCCAUCAACACUGUUAUUAUCUACCAUCGUAUCGGGGUCACAACAAUAUAAUAACGAUAGCGAGGUAGUGGCGAAAGCAUACAACAAACCUGAUGCAAAUUUUGAUGAUAAUGUUGUUGCCGAUGUUGACGAGCGCUAUGAUAUCACAUAUUAUUUUCAUAUUUAUGCAUUUACAUCGUGUACAUGCCUAGCAAUGGCAAUAAUAUCAACGACGAUCGGCCAAUGGGCCGGCUGUAAAGCUCGGCGAAAUUUGCACGAUAAGCUUUUGCAAGCAAUUAUGAAUAAAUCAUUGCAUUUUUUCCAAGUGACUCCACUUGGUCGUAUACUGAAUCGUUUCAGUAAUGAUAUGGAGAUUAUCGAUAAGAAAAUUGCUGCAACAAGUCAACGUUUGCUGCAGUUUAGUCUGCUGUGUUUGUGCGCCGUGUUAAUAAAUGUUGCCAUAACCCCUUGGUUCAUAUUGUUAACGCUACCCAUAUGUGCGUCCUAUUACAUUGUGCAGAGCUUCUAUAGGUGUUCAUCGAGAGAGCUGCAACGAAUCGAAAAUGCUACAAACUCACCGAUUAUAUCACAUUUAACAGAAACUAUACAGGGUGUUACAACAAUACGUGCCUAUAAUCAGGAGUCAAGAUUUAUGGAAAUAUUAUUUAAGCGAUUGGAAGCAAACACUAUAUCAUUUACGAUAAUGACAACGAGUAACCGAUGGUUGGGUAUAGCGUUGGAUUGUCUCGGUGGCGUGAUCGUGUUUGUGACCAUAUUAACCGCUUUAUUGAUGGCCACUAUUGCCUGCCAUCAGAAACAAUCACUGGAACAGCGAGAUCUAGAAGAACGCGCGCCAUUAGACCUGAAAACUUAUUCCCCAGCUCCGUCGCUUGUCGGCUUAGUAAUUAACUACUCGCUGUUGAUACCAAUCUAUCUGAACUGGGUCGUGAAACUUUUGGCCGAUAUGGAAACUUAUAUAGGUUCCGUUGAGCGUAUUGAAUAUUAUUCUGAAAGAAAAAGCGGCAACAAGAACAAUGAUAUCAACGUCAAGAACGAAAUAUCAAAUAUGUUGAAGAAAACAGAAGACAAACAAGAGAAAAACAAAACUGUCAAAUUGGUUAAAGUUUAUCAAAAGUAUUCUUCUACUUCAAGCGGCGACAACAGCGUAAUCAAUGUUCACAAAGAUAAAUUGUUACACACGUUUGAGAACAAUGUUGAUGAUGACGACAAUACAAAACCUUCUGUUUCUCCCUCUGCUACUAUUGUUACCGGUGAUAAUAUUGUUAAGGAUACUGAAAAAGCUGACGAUGAUAGCUGGCAAUGUCACUCAAUUAAUGAUGAUAAAGAAGAGCAUCGAUAUGUUGCUGCUUUUGCUGCAACCACCGCAAAAACUUUACUAAAACCAACAAACUGCAUAACGCAGUCAACUCUCGAUGACAACAUUACGAGUAACAGCAAUAACAAUCACAACAACAAUAAAAGAAAUAAUAAAAAUUCUUUACAAACUUCAACAUCUUUGGAAUGCAAUGAUGCAAAACGCAGUAUACAUUGUUCUUUGUGUCAUUCUUCACAGACGUCCAUUUGCCAACAAUACAUUCAUCCACCAAUUUCAUGGCCCCAUCGUGGCGAUAUUUAUUUUAAAAAUAUCUCUUUACGUUAUGAAGGUCAGCAAGAAGAUGUUAUCAAGAAUUUAACUUUAUUCAUACCGGCGGGACAAAGGGUUGGAAUUUGUGGUCGCACAGGCAGUGGUAAAUCGUCAUUGGCUUUGUCUCUGUUCCAUAUGUUGCAAAUCACUAGUGGUUCUAUUUAUAUCGAUGGCAUCGACAUUUCACAAAUACAUCCUGACGAGAUACGCACGAGAUUAUCGAUAAUACCGCAGGAUGUCCAUUUGUUUAGCACAACGAUAAGAGAAAAUCUUGACCCGAAUGGUCACUACACAGAUAUUGAACUUUGGGAUUGUCUUGAAUUGGCACAAUUGAAGGAAUUUAUCAUCAAUAAAAUGCCGCAAGGCUUAGAUUCUGAAUUAAUCGACAGUGGCAUCAAGCUAAGUUUGGGACAUCGACAGCUUUUAUGUUUGGCUCGCGCCAUUUUAAAACGUUCCAUGUGCCUGGUAUUGGAUGAAGCGACCAGUUAUUUAGAUAUAUCCACUGAGAGAAUCCUAUUGGCGGCUGCACAUAAGGCUUUUGCGGGCCGAACAAUUAUUGCGAUUGCUCAUCGUCUUGACACUAUAUACGAUUAUGAUCGCAUUAUUGUACUGGAAAAUGGCGAAAUUAUCAGUGAUGAUGGGCGACAACAAUUACAAUGGUGCGCUGAUGGCGCUUGUAAUUCUGUGGAUGGCCACUAACCAACAAUUGAAGUAAAAAAAAAAAGAGAGAAAGGAAAGAGCCAACUACUGGGAAACAGUAUGCUAAAAAUGUGAAUAAAGGUGUAUUGUGUAAGCGAAAGUUGCCGAUUGUUGUUAUUAUUAUUGUUCAACUGAGAGUGUUUGGAAGAUAUCUUGCUCUUUCAGGAAAAGAUUUCGUUGAGUGAACAUUGUACGCAUGCAUGAAUAGUUGAAUGAAUAGUUGACGUAUGACAUGUAUCACUCAUAUGAAUUUAUAGGUUGUUUUUUUUGUUUUUGUUCUUUAAAGGAAAUAAAUUUAAGCACGUUUGCUUGUAAUCUUUGCUUGACGUGCACUGUUGGGUUAUAAUAUUUAACUGAACGACUUUGAAAGGUCCUGUACGUAUAAAUCAACAAAAGAGCAAAUUUGAUCUUAUUCUUCUCUUUUUAACUUGUUAAAUUCAAGUAAAU